UUUUACAACAACAACAACAACAACAACAACAACAACUUUACAUACCCACACAACACACUUUGCUCAAACUACUCGACACAACAGCAAGCGAAUGGGGAGCACAGUGUGGAUCAUCUGUCCCCCUGCUUCUUUAGCAACAACAUCUUUUUCAUUUUCAAUGUUCAAUCAUCAAUCAUCAUUUUGCUUUUCUUCUGUUCAUUCUCGUACACUCACAUUUAUCAAACCUUAUAUGUUACUGGCCUUGUCUAUAUUUGUUUUUCUUUAUGCUCUUUUCUCCUUCUUUCUUUUUUGUAAGUUUAUCAUUGGCACUUGGUACGCUUUUUCUUUUACAUUAUGUAUAUGUCUCUUAUUACCACCCACUUCCACUGCGGGCUUUUCUUUCUUGCACCUGUAUGUAUAUCGCCUUUUCGUCUGUCAAUCAUGAAUAACCCUAUCCCCCUCUUCAUUAUCACUUAUCACUCCCCCUCCCACCCGUUCUUCUUUCUCUUCUUGUCCGUUUCAUCAUCUAAAUAGCCCUCUCCUUCUUCUUUCAACCCCAACUCCUCAUCCAUUAUUUCAUCAAAUCAAUCAAUCUACCUUUUGCUGUGCAUAUCUUUGUUCUUUGAUUAUAUUAGUAUCAAUAAUAAAAAAGAAU